CCUCUAGGGUGAUUUUUUUUGGAACUGAUUCAUACCAGAGAGAGAGCGAACAAGAGAGAGCGAAAGCCGCUGCACUAACGUGCAUUCGUUUUUUUAUAAUAAACAACGGCUGGCCUGUAAGCCGAACGGCUAGCCUGAAACCCGUUGUAUUAACAAGCAUCCAUUUUUUUGCUUGUUUUCUGCUCAAAAGCCAACAAACAGCGCCUAGAGGGAAAGAGAUAUGGUCAGAUGAAGAAAACUCAACAAUGAGAUAGACUCAUUCUCCUACUUGGAAGAAAAGCUGAAAGCAUUUUGUUUGGAGAGAUACCUGAGCAAGGGACUCAAUGGAGCCAGCCAAAUGUGACUCAACCCUGAAACAAAAAUCCCAAAAAAUUUCCUUAUAUAGCCCAUUAAAGAUGGAAAGGGUUGACAGAAGAAGCAAGAUUACAGGAUUCCAGCAGGUAGCAUUGCCGGAAUUAAGACGCACGAUGCCUGAAUUCCCAAAAGGAACUUUGGGAUAUGCACUGGAAAACAGUUCAAAGAACUCAAGGGAGAAUAAAUCAGAGAUUGUCGAAAUCUUGUCGAGAUCAUGGAGCAACUCUUCCAUGGAAAUCUUUCAAAUCUUAUGCCAGAGCUUGGAAUUACCUGCAAGUAAAGAAACGAAAGAAGAUGGAAAAAUGGCCAGGAAACAAGAUGCUGGGAAGAGAAAACAAGAUCUCUUGGUUUUCAAUCACAUGAGCAGCUCAAUGCAAUGGCUCAAGGAAGGCUCAUUAUGGAGAACCAAAGAGGCCAGACUCCACUGUCGGAUACAAAAGGCCCAAGUCCAUGUGGCAGUGUCAGCGGCGAUAGUGGCUGCCGCCAUCGCUUCUUUCACAGUGAAACAAGCGAUGGAGAGAGCAAAUGGACGUAAGAACAUGGCCUUAGCAUCAGCGUCUGCACUUGUGGCUGCCCGGUGCGUUGAGAUUGCAGAAUUCCUGGGUGCCCGACAUGAGCAGCUCUGUUCUCUUGUUAGCUCCGCCGUGGCUGCGUCGUCCCCUGUCGAUAUCCUUCAUAUGGCCACAAAAUUGCAGACAUGGACAGCUCUCAAAGGUAUGAGGGCAGCAUGCCCUCCCAAUCCUAAGAAAAUAGACGGCUCAGAUUUAACGUUGAAUUGUCAGGCUUUGGCCAUGGGGAGGGAUCUUCCAACGUGCACAGAGAAUGGGAAGACAAAGCUAAAGAGAGUGUAUAUCUAUAUGAAGCAGUCACAUGUGUUCCUUAGACUUAGAAACAAGCACUGGGGAGGCAUCUUUACUACCUCUACAUAUCAUACAAUUGUGGAAAUGAUGGAAAACCAUGGAGAAGGUUGGGAAGGAAGAUGCUGCUUCACGAAUGAAGUGAAUGGCUUCUCCUUCAUUGGUAUAAGGACCAGUCACGACCACAAAUACUUCUUCACCUUCAAAGAGGAAAAGGAAUGCAAUGUUUGGGCAUCAACCAUCUCAAACCUGCUUCAACUUUCCACCACCAAACCAAAUUAAGACAUCAUCUUUUAUUUUAUCUUUAUCUCAAAAAUCACUUUGUAAAUCUGUGUUCCUUCCUCUUAUGGACAGUUUCUACUGGUAUUU